AUGUAUACUCAUCGAACAUUACUGUCAUCAAAUAUUCUUCGUAAAUUUAAUGCAAUGAUAUCUAAUUUUCGUCAUUCCUCAUCAUCGAAUAUAACUGUUAAAAUCAGUCCUGUUGUUAAUGAACCAUCAAUUCGUCUUAUUGGAAUAGAUCGUCCAUCAAAGAGAAAUUGUGUUAAUCAUUCCACAUCACUUCAGCUUUUUUCAGCAUUCCAAGAAAUUGAAAACGAUCCUUUAGUUCGUUUAGCUAUUUUAUACGGCGAAGGUGGUUCAGCAUUUUGUUCUGGUUAUGAUUUAGGUGAAGUUGCUACAGAAAAUACUUCAUUUUCAAUGAAUUAUAAUAAAGAUGAACCUGGACCAAUGGGACCAAGUCGUAUGCAUUUGAAAAAACCAUUAAUAGCUGCUAUUGCUGGACCAUGUGUUGCUGGUGGUUUAGAAUUAUCACUUCUAGCUGAUAUACGAGUUGGUGAACAAUCAUCAAUAUAUGGUGUAUUAUGUCGUCGUUUUGGUGUUCCACUUCUUGAUGGUGGUACUGUUCGUUUACCACGUCUUAUUGGUCUUUCACGAGCGCUUGAUUUAAUUAUAACAGGUCGAACUGUAACUGCUCCAGAAGCACUUCAAAUGGGAUUAAUUAAUCGUCUUGUAGGUGAUGGACAAUGUUUAACUGAAGCAAUUCAACUUGCACAAGAUAUACUUCGAUAUCCAUAUGAAUGUAUGAAUACUGAUCGAAUGUCAGCAUAUUUUUCUAUGUCACAUACAACUGAUGAUAGUCUUAAACAUGAAUAUGAACAUGGAAUAAAAUUAAUUGAACGUGAAUCAAUAGCAGGAGCAAAACGUUUUAUUGAAGAUAAACAAGGACGAGGAGGCAAAUAUGAUGACAUCCAAUGA